GGAACAGGAAGGCAGGUAGAUCCGGAGGAGGGUAGGGAAGAUAGUGAAGAUGGCAGCAUCGAAGGUAGCAAGGAUAGUGAAGAUGGUGAAGACAGUGAUGGGGAAUACAAUACUAAUUACAGUUGUGAGGGUAAGCCCUAUAAGGUCAGGGGGAGGGCACUUACAUGUGAACUCCACAGCCUUCUCUACAAGAUUGAGUGCAAUCGGAUUGCAGAGAAGGCAACGGAGGUCGUACAUUCAGUAGUGGGGAAGGGCCAUUCCAAUUUACCCGAAAGUAAAUUUAGUGUCCUCACAAAGUUCAGACCUAAGGACACGAACCUCCACCAAAUUCAUUAUGAAGUAUCAACAAAUAUGGGCCUUUGUCAGAGUAACAUGACAUAC